UGGUAUUUGGUGCGAUUAAAUAAUUAUAAGAGCUAGAUUGAUGCACGGUUAUUGUCCUGUUUAUUGUUUCUGACUGAAGAUAUUGUUCUUUUGGGGCACUUUACAAGUGGCUUUGUUCAAUCUACAUCUAUUUCUCACUUUCUCCUGUUUAGUGGGUUCCGUGGAAUAUCCAAUAUAUUUUACUGCAAAAUGGCUUUGAAGACUCUAAGUGCCAAGAGCGCCGCUGCUCUCGAUCAAGACCUGAUGACUGUCGGUGCCUUUUCCAUCGAUCAGCUGAUGGAACUGGCAGGCUUGUCAGUAUCACAAGCUGUCUACCGUCUUCAUCCUCCGAGCAGAGGUCGCCGAAUCUUGGUUGCAUGCGGCCCUGGUAACAAUGGCGGAGAUGGCUUGGUUGCAGCCCGACAUCUUUGGCACUAUGGCUAUAAACCGACAAUAUAUUACCCCAAGCAAAGCAAGAACAACCUGUAUCAGCGUUUAUCUACUCAGUUGAAAAGCCUAAACAUUCCCUUUGUAGACGACUUCCACUCUGCCAUUGAGGAGACAGAUCAUGUGGUCGAUGCGAUCUUUGGGUUCAGUUUCACUGGCGAAGUGAGAGACCCCUUCGGGCCUGUUAUAGAAGCUUUAGCAAAGUCCAAGGUAGAUGUAACUUCUGUUGAUGCCCCGUCGUCAUGGAACAUUGAAUCUGGUCCUCCAACUUCGGGACCAGGAAAGGAUUUUAAUCCUACCUCACUUGUCAGUUUAACGGCGCCGAAGCCACUGUCGAAAUGGUUCAAGGGAAGGCAUUUCUUGGGAGGCAGAUUCGUCAGUCCAGAUAUUGCAAAUAAAUACGACCUGUCAAUUCCAGAAUACCCUGGAAUUGAUCAGGUUGUGGAGCUUGACAAUUCCAACCGGAAGCUAUGAGGGAAAAUGAUGCGAAUUAUAAUAUAUUUAAAUUGCCGGUUAUUGACCACGGGUGAAAUUCCAUCCACUCUUUCAUCAACUAAUUACCAUCUAAGUUGAGUAAAUAAAUGGCUAUACGCGCGCACGGGUGUGGAUUCACAUUUUUAGUGUUGCGGUAUAACGUAGGUCGUGGCCAUAACGGGGCUAUGGCCAUACCGGGAAUCUGGCAACCACCACUAAAUCAAUGGUCACGUGACUACAAUUAAAACCUUAAUAACUUUUGUACAGUAAAAAUAUGAUAAGUCAAUAUGCUUUUAGCCAAUAUUUACGUUAUCUCAAUAUCUUUU